CACAAUGCGGACAUUUAGACGCAGUAUAGGGCCAAGCAUGACAGUUAUCAGUGCUGUUAGAUAAAUUAAUAUCAAUUAUGUUGUUAUUAGAGAGUCAUAUUAUCGAAUGCACGUAUUUUUUGUUAUAAAAUGAAAAUGUCAAUUAUUAAUUUGUGCAUAUCUUGCUUUCACGCGGGCUUUAAUGUAUCUACGCGUGUUUUAUUGAUAGUUCUUAGUGCUUGUUUGUACCAUAGUUUUGUGUUGGCCGAAGUGUUUUUAAACAGUUAUAACUUAGUGUAUCCUCCGUAUUUAGCGAAGCGAAUAGUGAAGCUCCAGCGGCAUGUGGCAGGAAUAGUGAAAUAUUAUCUUAGGAUUGUGUCUAUUAAGACAGCCAAUAUGAACGGUUUUAUGAGAAGAUUUCUUCGUUUCCUGGUGUCGUUGUUGGCCAUCAUCGUUGUUCCAGCAACUUAUUUGAUCAACAUUAAAAGAAAGAGGAAAUGUCCACCGCCAACGAACCCGUUGCUUUUUAAAUCUGCUACAAACUUGGCAGCGAUGAUACGAAACAGGGAGGUCACGUCAGAACAAGUUGUAUCUGCAUACAUUGAGAGAUGCAAGGAAGUUAAUCCAUACUUGAACGCUGUAGUCGAGCCCCGUUACGAGGUGGCUUUGAGAGAAGCGAGAGGUAUAGACAAGAUGAUAGCCUCUACCGAUCGGUCGCCCGAAGAACUAGAAAAAGAAUAUCCGUUGUUGGGCGUACCGAUGACUGUUAAAGAGAGCAUAGCUGUUGAAGGUAUGAGCAACGAUUGCGGUACAGUGUACUCAUACAGGAAUCCGGCUAAAAAAGAUGCUGCGGUGGUAAAGCUCGCGCGGGCUGCGGGCGCUAUUCCCAUCGCAGUAACAAACACCCCACAGCUCUGCAUGAACUGGGAGACGUACAAUAACGUCAUAGGAGUGACGACAAACCCGUACGACCAGAAACGGACGACUGGAGGCUCUUCUGGGGGAGAGUCAGCAUUAAUUUCAUCUGCAGCGUCAGUCAUAGGCGUCGGAUCGGACAUAGCCGGCUCACUGCGACUGCCGCCCAUGUUUACCGGGAUUUUUGGCCAUAAACCUACACCAAGACUGUUGUCAGUUGAAGGUCACGUCCCUGACUGUUUGGAUUCUGAAUUCGAAGAAUAUUUCGCACUUGGACCCAUCGCGCGAUAUGCUGAAGAUUUAACUUUACUCCUGAAAGUACUAAAGCAACCUGAUGCUCCAUACGUACCUUUAGAUAAACCAGUAGACGUAUCGAAACUGAAGUUUUAUUACAUGGAAGGCGACGGAAGCAACGUGUCAGAUUCCAUAGGGCCAGAAGUGAAAAAUGCUAUGGAAAAAGCUAAAAGCUACAUUGAAAAGACUUACAACAUCGAAGUUAAACCACUUAAAAUAAAAAACAUUGAACACAUGUGGGAAAUUAGCGUAAGAGUCCUGACCAAUAUUAAUCACAUCCGAAAUAUAUACACCAACCCUGAAAAACCAGAUGAAUGGAAGUCCGUGUGGCCCGAAGUUUUGAAAAAGAUCUUCGGUUUCUCUGAUCACAAUUUCCUGUGCAUUUGCUAUGGACCCUUGAAGUUAUUCUUUGACGCAUUACCAAGGAGUUAUUACAAAAAGUUAAUGACUAAAUUCGAGGACAUUAAGACUGAAUUUGAGGCAGCUCUAUCAGACGAUGCAGUAUUACUAUUCCCGACAUAUCCAACACCAGCACAUUUACACUAUAGAAUUUAUUAUAAAUUUCUAAACUGUGGCUAUUUGACAAUAUUUAACGCCUUGGGUCUACCAGUGACCGCUUGCCCCAUCGGUUUCACAAGGAAAGGCCUGCCAGUUGGUUUACAAAUUGCAGCAAAUAAAUGCAACGACCAUUUAACAAUAGCUGUUGCUAAAGAAUUCGAAAAAGCAUUUGGAGGAUGGGUCCCGCCGAAUGCAGAACUUGUAACUGUAAAAACUGCAUAGGUUUAUAAAUUAAAUGAUAAUUUUUAUGGGGAAUCGCCGAAAGCAUAAGAAAUAAGUGAAUGUAUCUAAAAUCUUAAGUUCAAGUGUGAACAUAUUAGCAUGUUGUAGGAGAUUAACUAUAGUCAAACAUGGCGGAAACUGUUUACAUGGUCUGACGGAUAUAUAUAAUAUGCUGUAAACGAGGCUGCAUGCGUGUUGUGUGUGACAUUGUCUUAAGCAUUUUGAAGGUGACUUCAAUAUAAAGCCAAUUAUUUUCUCUUACGACUGAAUUGCAGUCAGCAGUUUCUAAACUGUCUUAACUUACGAGUUGAUAAACUUGACUCGAAAAAUCUAUAUUUCGACAGAGAAUCUGACAAAACUUAUUCGAAUUUAAUCUUAUUUCUAAUGGUCAAGCGGCGACCCUUAUGCAGUUUGUGAACGAAAAUGUACCCACUAGGACAUACUUAACUAAAAGAAUUCUGUGCGUUAGAUUGACGUGGUUGGCAUCCAAGCGGUUUCCGCCGUGUCUGAACUAUUGGUCAUUCCUUGCGAAAUUGGUGAUAAAACUUAAAUACAUUCCUACCUUAAGAAUAACGGAUAAGAUUUACUUUGCUCAAUCCAUUAUCUUCCAACAUCCCUCUGCCUAUUAAUGUUUUCCAAUUAAAUAUUGUGAAAACACUCUUAUUUUCCUACUGUUAAAACUUCGAUGUUGGGAAAAAAAUUAUUGAAGGUUUCCCCAGUAAUACUAAAUAUUUAUAAACAACGCAAAUUAUUAACAUAUCUACAAAGCGUUGGAACCAAAGAAUAAAUUACAAUUAAUUUAAUUAAGAACGUUUAACUUAAGUCAAUCGAUUGUUUAUUAGAUGCAAGCAAACUUCAACUUCUUUAUAAGAAGCAUGAGUUACAUGAAUAAAGAUAUAAAGGAAUUUUAACUUAAAAA